CCCAGAACCACGGGACGGCACGGAGAUGGUGGGGAGCACGUCCGUUGGUCGGCCGACUUUAGAGUUCUAGUGGUGUGCGCUGCGGGAAGGGUCGGUGUCGCUUAAGGGGCCAUAGUGGGUGAACUUGUAAAUCCCUCUCCGCCAUAUACCGUCACUAGACAGAAAUCAUCUUAGCACAAGACGAUAAGGGCUUGUUCCGCCUUGGUGGUCUAGCCAGGCAAGAUGGCUAACCCCGCCCUCACGACAAAAAGCAAAGCGCCAAGAACACAGCGUCAUCUUGGCCCCAAUGGCUUACCUUGGAGCUCCUAUCCCCGAAUUCUGCCCAACUGAUUAGCUAAAGAAUAGGACCAAGUCCGGGUUCAGCAGCACUAAAAACAGCCAGGGUAUAAAGCUUCCACUACACCUACCCAAAUGAGGUCAGUCGGGUUUGGUGGGGAGUUGUUGAGAUGUCCGGCCAGAAUAAAGAGGAGGGGCAGAGGCCCAGAAGGAGAAACAUGAUCGGCUCAAUGAGUAAACAUGGCGUCCAACAUCCCAAUGACCCCGUGGUCCUUGGUGCUCUCCUUGCUGGCAAUCUACUGUUUCUACGGCAUAUGGCUAGCCAUCUAUCGCGUCUUCCUCUCCCCCCUAUCCCGAUUCCCCGGCCCCAAACUCGCAGCAGCAACAGGACGGUACCAAUCCUACUACGAGCUCGUUACAUGGGCCAAAGGCCACUUCAAAAUCAAGGACCUCCACGACAAGUACGGCCCCAUUGUCCGAAUCAACCCUUGGGAAAUCUCCAUCAACGACGCAGAGUUCUACUCUGUCCUUAACGUCUCUGGCUCUGUCAGGCACACCAACAUCGACGUUCGGCAACGAGCUGCUCUCGGAUUCGGAGAGUCGCACGGGUUCACCGAAGACCACAACUUGCACAAGAUGCGGCGGAAGCCCCUUGAGCCCUUGUUUUCUCGACGUGUGAUUGACCUGGCUCAGGAAAACAUCUGGACGUUCGCGAAACGGGUGGAGGAGCUGUUCAACAAGGCAAAGGGGACCGGGAAUGUGAUCAGCCUCAACCGGGCGUUUUCCGCCUUUGUUGGCGACGCUGUGUCCGAGACUUGCUUCGGCAAGAGCAUUGGUCUGCUAGAAGACGAGGACUUUUCCCCAAGCUGGCAUAAGCUCCUCGAGGGCCUCGGAACGCAGACACCGCUGCUGUUCAACUUGCACAUUCUCUCAAGGAUGCUCAACCUCCUCCCAACCGCCAUCGUAGCUAAGCUCCAUCCCGAGGGGGCAGCCUACGCCCUGCUAAAAGGCUACACCGAAUCCAUCGUCGACACUGCCCUCUCCUCCCCCGACUCCAUACCCCCCACCUCCCGCAAACUAAUCCAAACAAUCCUCUCCUCCGACCUCCCCCCCUCCCAAAAAACCCGCUCCCGCCUCGCAACCGAAGCCUCGGUCGUCCUCGCCGCAGGCGGCAUAACCACAAUGAAAAUGCUGACCAUAACCUCUUAUUACCUCCUCUCCUCCCCGUCCAAACUCCACCAUCUCCAAAGCGAACUCACCACUCUCAUGCGCAGCUACCCAACCACAACCCCCCGCUGGUCCGACCUGGAAAAACUCCCUUACCUGAGCGCCUGUAUCAAAGAUGCCUUGAGGUUAGGCAUAGGCGCAACCCGACACGCGGCCAAAUACUUCCCUAACGACGAGAUAGAGUACAAGUCGUGGGUGAUACCAAAAGGGACGUCAAUCUCUGUGCCCAUGUACCCCAUGCACUACGACCAAGAGGUUUAUCCUAAUCCAUGGGGGUUUGAACCAGAAAGGUGGUUGGGGGAGUACGACAAAAGGAUGGACAGGAAUUUGAACCCUUUUAGCAAGGGGAGUAGGAUGUGUUUGGGCAAGAAUUUGGCGUAUGCCGAUAUGUAUAUCAUGCUAGCGGUGCUCUUCCGUCCUGGGGGUCCCCAGAUGAGGCUGUACGAGACUGACGAGUCGGACGUCAAGUUUGAGUGCGACUUUGGGGUGUCGAGUCCACGGUUGGGGAGUAAGGGGGUGAGGGUGGUGGUUGAGUAACAGGUGGCAAGUUACCAUGGUGCAGUUGGAUAGGAGCCUUGCAUUUCCGAGGAAGAGGGCAAAAGGUAGGUAAUGAAACGAAGUAAUAUUAUCCAAAUCGAUGCUGAUCGGCCAUCUAUCAUCUACAUCUAGAUGUAUGUCAACCGGGAUGUCUGAUAUGUCAAGCCCAAUGUAUCAUCCGAAACCAACACCCAAACCGAUACCCAAACACCAAAAAGAAAUCUCAACAACGCAAAGAAACAGCCCCAUUAUUCGUACCAUCACCCCCCACAGCCACCCAACCUCCCUAACCCUAGACGCCAGGCAAUCUGGGAGGUCUCGCAUUAGCCGCAGCCACGAAGUGCCCCCAGGUAAUCAACUCCCGACUGCAAUCAUCCUGAUCAAUCGAGCACUCAAUCAACGUCGGGCCUUUUGUGUUCUCCUCCGCAGCCUUGAUCGCAUCCUGCAACUCUCCCGCCGUCUUGGCCGUCAGCCCUUUUGCAUUGCCAUCCUCCCCAUUGAAAGCCUGCACCAGCAGCGCAUAGUUCCAAUUCUUGAUCUUGUUGUAGCUGCCAUCGUGAAUCUCCACCUCGAUCGUGUACCCCCGGUUGUUGAGCAAGACGAUGGUGAUGGGGAGGUUGAACCUCACCAUCUGUGACACCUCUUGAGCAGUGACCUGGAACGAUCCAUCACCCACCAUGACGAUGAUCUUCCUGUCCGGGUGACGGAGGGCAUACCCAAAAGCAGCGGGGAUAGACCAGCCGAUGUGACCCCACGCCAUCUCAAUCUCGAAUAGGGCACCUGGUGGAAGCUUGAGCUGAACGCCGUUGAACCAGCUGUCGCCUGUCUCGACAAACAGGGUGGUCUUGGAGUCGAGAAGGGCCUGGAUUUGUCUCGAGAUCUCCUUGCGGGUGAGCUCGUCGCUUGGGGUGGCCGUGCGGACAAGCACUGGGUCAGGCUUGAGACGGUUGUACUCGAUCAUGGUGGAGUUGUUGAACUUGACUGUCGUAGCCAAGUGGGAAAGGAAUUCCCCGAGGCGGACGCGGCUGAAGUGGGCGCCGGGGAAAGUGACAUGGUCCAUCUCGGCGGCCAUGAGGGGAAUGUCGGGCAUGGCUGUCCACCCUACUGUGCUGUAAUCGGUGAAGACGGUGCCGACACAUAGAAGGGCAUCGGCCCAGUGGACAAUGGAGUCUGCCGCGUCGGUGCUGACGGUGCCCCAGAAGAUACCCACGAACUGUUUGUGGUCCUCUGGGAACAUGCCCUUGGCUGCGGGUUGGACAGCAACGGCACAGCCCAUGGCUUCAGCGAGCUUGAUAAGAGCCUGUUCAGCGCCAUCACCUGCACGACGAAGCUUUGGACCCACGAGGAUGACAGGCUUGAGCUUGCCGGAGAGGUACUCGGAAGCGCAAUUGGCAGCUGCCUCGAGGGCGGCCUUGUCGCUGGUGACGGGAUCGGUGACGGCGCUGAUGGGUCCAGGACGAACACACUCGGCUCCAGAAAGGUUCGUUGGGAUCUCAAUGUAGCAUGGCUUGCGGGCUAGGAGGGCAUGGCGGAUGGCACGAUCGAUCAGCCUAGGGGCUUCGUGUGCUCGGGCGACGGCAACUGCGCAGCAGGUGAUUUUCUUUGCCAUCUCAAGCUGGUAGCUGUAGUCGGUCGUACCGAGGGUGUGGUGGAGGAGGUGGAAUUGGCUGGCGUCAUUGGUGUUUGGUGAGCCGCUGAUGAGAAUCAGUGGCAGGUUCUCGGCGUAGGCACUGCCGGUGCCAUUGAAGGCGGAAAGGGCGCCGACGCUGAAGGUGACGACGCAUGCCGAGACGCCGUUGGCACGGGCAUACCCUUCAGCGGCCAGCGAGCAGUUGAGCUCGUUGGCACAGCCCACCUCUGUGAGAUUGGGGUUGGCUUGUAGUUUGUCGAGGAGGACGAGGUUGUAGUCACCCGGCACGACAAAGUGAUGGCGAAUGCCAAUCUGGGCGAGACGUUCGGCAAGGUAAUCUCCAACAGUGUACUUUGUUGGUAGUGACGACAUGGUUAUGUGUGAAGUG